AUGUCCACCAGUUGGGCUUCAGGAGUCGUGAUGAUGCACUUCAGCGCGAGGCGACAGAAUGAGAUUAUAUUGUGUGUUUGUCAGAGGAGAGCGAAAUCUCCUCGCUUUGCUGCGGACCCAGAUUUGGAUCAGGAGCUGAGCGAGCGUUUGGGCAGUAAUGGACACUCUCAAGUAACGGAAAAUCGCGCUAAUCCUGGGACGCUGCCAAACGUCUGGCCAAGCGGCCUCUUCAACCCGACGGUUCAGGAAGUGCGACGUUGCGACGUUCAUUUGAGUAAAAAACGGCCACGCUUGCGCUCCCGCUCGCUCUGCUCGGUUCGAUACGGGCGAGAUUUCCGUAUGAUGGACCCAUUCCGUUACCCACGAACGCCCAGAUCCAGAUCACUCAAACCUCUGGUGUUUCCGGACCUCCUGGGAAAAGCUCAAGAUGGGACAGAACCACCCACAGGCCCUCAAGGAGGAAGGGAUGUGAGAGAGAAGCCCAACUGGGAAGAGGAAGCACUUACUGCCGACAGACCUUGCUGCGAUGAAGAAGAGAUGCGUCCUCGUCUCGAAGCGGUCCGACCACCGGGAUCUCACUCCAGAGGAAUAAGCGACGGAAGCGCACCUCGAGGAAAAAGAGGAUGGAAAACAUUUUAUGCUGUUCUGAAGGGACUCAUCCUUUACCUGCAGAAAUAUCGCCCAGAUACGUUAUCACAUGAGGAUUUGAAGAAUGCCGUGGUUCUAUCCCAUCAGUUCGCUGUGGCCAUCCGAGCCACAGACUACAGCAAACGGCCGAACGUGUUUUACCUCCGGACCGCGGACUGGAGAGUCUACCUCUUUCAGGCCCCGAAUGCUGAACAAAUGCAGUCUUGGAUCACACGCAUCAACACGGUGGCAGCCAUGUUUUCAGCUCCGCCCCUUCCUGCUGCUAUUGGCUCACAGAAGAAAUUCAGCCGGCCGCUGCUACCAAGCUCCGCCUCCAAGCUGUCACAGGAGGAGCAGGCACAGGCUCAUGAAUCUCGAUUUCGCUCCAUCUCCACUGAGCUUGUACAGCUGCACUCUUAUCCACCUGACAGGAAGGUGAAAGGUCGUGAACUUGAGGAGUACCGGCUGAGAGAGGAAUAUCUAGAGUUUGAGAAAACGCGCUAUGAGACGUACAGCAUGCUCCUGCGGGCGAAGCAGCGCUGCGAAUACGAUGACCUGUCAGUGUUUGAAGCCAUGCUCCUGGAGGAAGGUGCGCUACAGAGAGCUCAGUCCAGCCCCACGCUUCAGGACAGCAGUAUGACCUACAGCACCAGAGACGGAGCGAGCCAAAGCACCGCCGCCGGCACACAAGAACCAUCCGGCAACGGCAACAACAGCUGCUCCCGCGGUCAGGGCCAGAGACACAGCUACCGGCAGGCCGUCCGCAAGUGAAGCCGCUGCCGCCACCCACAGGAAGCUCGCUGUACUGGAGAGGAAGUGAGGUCUCUCUCUUUCCUGUGUGCGCCCUCCUGCUCUGUGUGCCAUCAGGAAGGGGUGUUGAUUCCGACUGAAUCUGACUCUGUGAUUGGCUGAUGGCUGGGUGAUGUCACAAUACAAGGUGCUAUGGGAUCUGGAUGGGAGAACGUGAUUAGGAUUCGGAGGAACGUAAAUAUGAAACGCAUAACCUUCCUUUGCCUUCUAGUUCUCGGUUUCUUCUGCGAUUUCUUACCUGAAGCCAUUUCAUCGCACACUACCAAGUCAAAUCUGGCCCUAAACGUCUUCAAACCUUUAAAAUAUGAUCGUGUUAGAAGGUCUUCAGUUCUUGCAUUUCUAGAAAUAACUAAUUUGUUUACAGUGCAUAUUAAAAUGUACAAAUUCUGCUCAAAAUGGUCAUGAAAAGUAUGAACGCUUGGAAGGGUGAGGUCUGGGAUCGGUGUAUUCUGCACGGUGAAACACGAUGCUUGUUAUUUGUCAUACGGGCGUUUUGUUGUGUUUAUGAACGGUAGAUGAGCAGAAAACUGACUAGCCCGUAUGCAACUAGUUAUUUCUUUGUGUUGUUCUAAGCAUUAGCGAUCUGUAUUUGUACAAUAAUGCACAGGGACAUCAUAGUCACUAAAUGCACCAUCCGUUGGCUCUGCAAAACCCUGUUUUGCCCUAAAACGUCUUUUGCUCUGAACACUAAAUAUAAUUACACUGCAAAACUCAUUUUCUCAAACAGAAUUUUGUCUUUUUUUCUUAUAAAAAUCUUAUAAACAUCUUUAAAAUAACGCCUAAUAUGCAAAAGUCAAUUUUAAGGUUAUUGUUAGGUGAAAAUUAAAAUGAAAUCUAUUUAGUUGAGAAAAAUUUUGUAAUAAAUCUUGAAUUAGGUUUAUUAGCAAUUUUCUCAUUUUCAAGCACAAACCUCACUAUAUUGUUAGAUUCAUUCUUAAAACGGGGGAAACAAAGCUAUUUGUGAAUAAGUUAUGAAAAAUAAACUUAAUUCAAGAUAUAUUCACUCAAAACCAGUUCUGUUGGCAAAUUUAAUUUUCCCCAUAGAUUCUAGGCAGAAACCUCACUGAAUUUAGUUAGAUUUAUGCCUAAAACAGGGAAAAAGAUAAUUUACAAAAUCCACAUUUUCUCUGAAAUCAUAAUAUGCAAAAUUACAUUUUAAGGAUGUUUAGAUAUUUUAGUGAGAGAACAAGACAAAAUAAAAAAAGUGAAGUAGUGAAGCGAACAGAGACGCGUAUCUUUGUCUGUAUAGUUCAUUCUUUGAAUAUGCUCUAUUUUAGCUUCUCGUCCUUGUCUUUCUGCAUUAUUCUCUUUGCUGAAUGUUGUCUGCUGUGUACAGCAUGGCUGACUAGUGACAAUCUAUCCUGUUUGUUCAGUUCAACAGAAGCUGAAGUCGGUAGGAGGCUCACAGCGUGUAGUUCAUGAGUCAAACGGACCUGUUACCCACGCAGCACACUGAAUGUCAUCUUUUUCCUGUUAAACGCAGUUAGUCAGUGUUUAAGACGCACUUCCCCUUAUUGCUUUCUUAUGUAAUCGAUGAGAGAGAGUGUGUAUAUGCGCAAAAAUAUAUCACCUAUUUAAGGAAUGUUUUAAAACUUAUAAUGAAUGUGGUGUGUCAAUCAAAACUGCCACAUGCAAUAUUCAGCAUAGGCCUGUGUGUGUGAUCGACGCAUAUGUGGAUGUUUAAUUACACGGCACGCAGCAUCCUGUGACGCGAUGAAUUGGGAGCUUGAAACCAUUGAAUGUACCAUACCAUGUUUUUCACCAUGGUGACGAGAUUCUGGCAUCACAUUUCAACCUCAAGCAUUGUUUCUUUCUUAGUGGAUCCAUUUAUCAUGUGGUGUUUCAGGGAGUUAAUAUGGUGUAAGAUAACAUUUCCUCAAACUCUCUGAGCCGUCUUGACUCGAGUCGAAACUGACGUUAUCUUACAGUGCUACAGUGAGUCUAAAGGGCAGAUAGGAAAUACAAGAGGAAUACAAGUAAAAAAAAAAAGCUUAUUUGGGCAAAUAUCACAAGAAAAUGCAGAAAGUCACAUUUCACUCCAAAAUCAAAAGGAAAAAAUAAGAUUUUUUAGGACCGUUAAGGGUUUAUUUAUUUACUUUUGAUAUUGACAUUUUUUCCAUGAUAAUUAAGUACAUUUCUUCCAAAUACAUGCAUUUAUUUGUUUACAUUUACAUUUACAUUACAAGAUCCCAUCAUUUAUUAGUUUAAUGUAGACUGACAAACUGUCAUACAACUUUUUUAUUCUUAUUAUUGAAAUUGGCAUUAUUUAAAAUACCAAAAAAAAAUUAUGAUGUAUAAAUAUAAUAAAUAUGAUUUUAGGUAAUUAUAUUGAAGCCCAUUUUUAGGACCAUUAUUUAUACAUUUAUAUUAUUUAAUGGCACUUUGGUUUUGAGAGAAGCACAGUAUAAAUUCAUUAUUAUUAUUAUUAUUAUUAUUAUUAUUAUUGGAUUGUCCUAAAAUGGGCUUAAAUAUCUUGACCUAUUUUUUUAAAGACCAUUUAUUUAUUUUUGAUAUUGGCAUUGUGACAUUAGACAUUAUUUUCAUGACAAUGAAGCACACAUUUAAUAUCCCAUUGCUGUAAUGCAUGUAUGGUCCUGGAAAUCUUUAACUAGAAUACUAUUUUGGUGUGAAAUCAUGACCCGUAAGUGUUUUGUGAGUUUCACUCAAUUCGUCAACCGUCGGUGUUGAUUUCACUGCUGAAAUCUGCUGUUGUAUCUAUAAUUCAGUCCACCUUGUCGAUACAGCGCUGUAUACCCAGAGAGCAUGAUGUCGAAUAGUCUUGAUGUUGAAUAUAAAGUCGGAAAGCCAUUCUCUGCUCAGGUGUCAUUUGAAUAUAAUGUAACAGUUGCCAUGCAUUCUUCUACCAGCAGAGAGCACGGUCUUCAGCCAUACACAUGAAACAAGCAGACGAAACCAGAGCGAGAGUGGAAAGAUCCACUGAUGCGUUGCUCGGUUUGUGUUUGUAUGCAUUUUCUGUCAUUUUGUUGAUUUUUCAUGUUUAAUGUUGAUUUACUGUCCAGUGUGUGUCGAUAUACUGCUCUAUAUAACACACAUACAAACACACACACCACGUCUGACUCUGCUGAGCGUCUGUUGUGUCCUGCUAUGAUGAAAUCAAUCGACUAUGACCAAUAUGAUUAUCAUAUGAAACUAUAUUUUUAAUUAAGCAGCACCUGAAUGUACAUAAACGGCAUGAAAUUCUUCUGCUCUCAUUUGCAUCUUGUGUCUUGUUCUGAGGUGAUUUUGUUGUGGAUUGAGUGUCGUUUGAAGACUCUUGGUGGAGGAUUGCUGCUUGUUUAAGCUCGUUAUAAUGUCAGUGAGGAGAAAACUGAAGUUGUUAUCGCCUGAAAGUGAAGGAAACACUAAAUUGUUUUGUUUACUUUUUUUUUAUUUCUUUCAAGUUUCUUUAUUCUUUCACUUUGUUCCUGGUCUUUCAUAUGUGGUUCGCUUGUAUGAAGUUCUGUAAGGACCAUGUUUGUACAGCCUCUCUUUAUGAUGGCCUAAAAUACAGAAAUAAAUAACAAACUAUAAU